GGACCAACCGCGCCCCCCCCCGCCGCGGCCGGACCGCGUGGAACCGUCUGGCGCGCGGCCGCUCGGGGGCCGCCCGCGCGCUCCAAAUCUCGCGCCGUCUCGCGAGAGGAUAAGUUGAGGGGAACAUGGCGACGUCUAAUCUGCUAAAGAAUAAAGGUUCACUUCAGUUUGAAGACAAAUGGGAUUUCAUGCGCCCCAUUGUUCUGAAGCUUCUACGCCAGGAAUCUGUCACUAAACAGCAGUGGUUUGAUCUGUUUUCGGACGUCCAUGCAGUUUGCCUGUGGGAUGAUAAAGGCCCAGCAAAAAUUCAUCAGGCUUUGAAAGAAGACAUCCUCGAUUUUAUUAAACAAGCACAAGCAAGAGUCCUGAGCCAUCAAGAUGAUACAGCUUUGCUAAAAGCGUAUAUUGUAGAGUGGCGAAAAUUCUUUACGCAGUGUGAUAUUUUGCCCAAGCCGUUCUGUCAACUAGAGAUCACUUUAAUGGGCAAACAAGGCAGUAACAAGAAAUCGAACGUAGAAGACAGUAUUGUUAGAAAGCUCAUGCUAGAUACGUGGAAUGAGUCAAUCUUUUCAAAUAUAAAGAAUAGACUCCAGGACAGUGCAAUGAAGCUGGUCCAUGCUGAAAGAUUAGGAGAAGCUUUUGAUUCUCAGCUGGUGAUCGGAGUAAGAGAAUCAUAUGUUAACCUUUGUUCUAAUCCUGAAGAUAAGCUUCAAAUUUAUCGGGAUAAUUUUGAAAAAGCGUAUCUGGAUUCGACAGAGAGAUUUUACAGAACACAAGCGCCUUCUUAUUUGCAACAAAACGGUGUACAGAACUAUAUGAAAUAUGCAGAUGCUAAAUUAAAAGAAGAAGAAAAGAGAGCAUUACGAUAUUUAGAAACAAGGCGGGAAUGUAACUCUGUUGAAGCACUAAUGGAAUGUUGCGUAAAUGCUCUGGUGACAUCCUUUAAAGAGACGAUUUUAGCAGAGUGCCAAGGCAUGAUCAAACGAAAUGAAACAGAAAAGCUGCAUUUAAUGUUUUCACUGAUGGACAAAGUUCCCAAUGGAAUAGAGCCAAUGUUAAAAGACUUAGAGGAACAUAUUGUUAGUGCUGGCCUAGCAGAUAUGGUAGCAGCUGCUGAAACUAUUACUACUGAUUCUGAGAAGUAUGUAGAACAAUUACUUACACUAUUUAAUCGAUUUAGUAAACUUGUUAAAGAGGCAUUUCAAGAUGAUCCACGUUUUCUGACUGCAAGAGAUAAGGCCUAUAAAGCAGUUGUGAAUGAUGCCACAAUAUUUAAACUUGAGUUGCCACUGAAGCAGAAAGGGGUGGGUUUAAAAACACAACCCGAGUCAAAGUGCCCUGAGCUACUUGCCAAUUACUGUGACAUGUUGCUAAGAAAAACACCACUAAGCAAGAAACUGACCUCUGAGGAAAUCGAAGCAAAGCUUAAAGAAGUGCUACUGGUACUUAAAUAUGUGCAAAACAAAGACGUAUUCAUGCGCUAUCACAAAGCUCAUUUAACAAGACGACUGAUAUUAGACAUCUCUGCCGAUAGCGAAAUUGAAGAAAAUAUGGUGGAGUGGCUAAGAGAAGUAGGUAUGCCUGCCGACUAUGUAAAUAAACUUGCAAGGAUGUUCCAGGACAUUAAAGUGUCUGAAGAUUUGAACCAAGCUUUUAAGGAAAUGCACAAAAAUAAUAAGUUGGCAUUACCAGCGGAUUCGGUGAAUAUUAAAAUACUCAAUGCUGGUGCCUGGUCCAGAAGUUCCGAGAAAGUAUUUGUAUCGCUUCCCACCGAGCUGGAAGAUUUGAUCCCUGAGGUGGAAGAAUUUUACAAAAAAAAUCACAGUGGCAGAAAACUGCACUGGCACCAUCUCAUGUCAAAUGGAAUUAUAACAUUUAAGAAUGAAGUUGGUCAAUACGAUUUGGAGGUAACAACGUUUCAGCUGGCCGUGUUAUUUGCCUGGAACCAAAGACCCAGAGAGAAGAUCAGCUUUGAAAAUCUUAAACUUGCAACAGAACUCCCCGAUGCAGAACUUAGAAGGACUUUAUGGUCUCUUGUAGCUUUUCCAAAGCUGAAACGACAAGUUUUAUUAUACGAACCUCAAGUCAACUCACCCAAAGAUUUUACGGAAGGAACGUUGUUCUGUGUUAAUCAAGAAUUCAGUUUAAUAAAAAAUGCAAAAGUUCAGAAAAGGGGUAAGAUCAACUUGAUCGGGCGGUUGCAACUCACCACAGAAAGAAUGAGAGAAGAGGAGAAUGAAGGAAUAGUUCAAUUAAGAAUAUUAAGAACCCAGGAAGCUAUCAUCCAAAUAAUGAAAAUGAGAAAGAAAAUUACUAAUGCUCAGCUUCAGACUGAACUGGUAGAAAUUUUGAAAAAUAUGUUCUUGCCACAGAAGAAAAUGAUAAAAGAGCAAAUCGAAUGGCUUAUAGAGCACAAAUAUAUCAGAAGAGAUGAGUCAGAUAUCAACACCUUCAUAUACAUGGCAUAACUUUGAAGACUGUGGAAAAUGUUGAGAACCCAAAUUGAUGAGUACUUGGACAGACAGAUACCACAGUUUGUGCCGGAGAAAGACUCCUUUGGACUUUCAUUACAUCAAUAUUAAAAUCCCUGCCUUACCUGACAACAGAACUGUUUUUUGCCAAUCUCAUCAUCUAGCAUGAUGGCAUUUCCUUCAUGUUGCACAUUUUUAACAGCAUGCCGUUUUGUGGGGAAAUUUGCAUUCAUGAAGAGCCCAUUGUAAGCUUUUUAAAGUAGAUCUGAUUUACACCCACUAGGAGGAACAACAAUUUGGGAGGGAUUGUUGGGGAUUUUUUUUUUGUGUUUUCUUUUUUUAAAAAAAAAAAAUAAAACAGUACUUGCACAAGGAAAGAUCUUUAAAUAUUCAUGCACUGAGGAACUGCUGUUAGUUUUAUUAAAAACUGCAAUUAGAACUAGAAUUAGCACUUUCAGUUUGUUUUGAUCAACAGAGUAAUGUACUGUCUACCUUUUGGUGAGCUGUAAUGUCUUAACAUUGGUGGAGACAGGUACAUCCCAGUUGAGAAGUUUUGUAUUUGUUACAGUAACAACUUGUUGGCUCAAGCAGUGCUUCAAUAUAGUAACUGGAUUUUAAUAAUGACACACAAACGAUGUAAAAUAUUUCCAACUAGCCGGAAAUCAAUGUUUUAUUUGUUUGCUGUAAGUGGUAUGGAUACGUAGGAUCGUAACUGGCCAAAUAACUUAACCGUCCCUUUUGUUGAAGCUUUCUUAAGUACUGCUUCGUUAUUCAGUUGUUUUUUUUUUAAAGACUUGCUUAGGUGGCAGGGUUGGCUGUAGCAAAAAGAACAAUUAUUAGGUGUAUUCUGUAGCACAUUCAAUGUUCGUGCUCCAGAUUUUCACAGAGAUACCUAAAAAUCUAAAUGCAUUGAAAAUAAUGCUUACCUUCCCAAGCGAAAACGCCACAUGUUUUUAAGGUGAUCCCUCUCAUGUUAGUUUUCAUUCUACAGUGGGGUUAGUGGUAUUUGGAGCCAUUAGGUUUGAAGAUUGAUUAUCCAAGACCCCUGCCCUCUCCCCCACCAAAGUCAAUUUUUUUUUUUAAUGGAUGCCAUUUUGAAGUGGGAAAGGUAAAAGCUUGAAAAGAGACCUGCAGAAGCAUAGGAAAAAUUGUUUCAACUUUAGUGUGAGCAGCGAACAUGCCGAAUAUGUAUAAGUACACCUUUUAAAACAUUCAGAUAACCUGUUACCUUGGUCCUUUUAGUCAACACAAAGGAGCAGCUUCAGUAAGUACUGUGCUAGUUUGGGCUGAGGAUGUGAGUGACAGAGAGAAAUUUAAGUCCCCACGGGGGCAAGAAAAUUCAAGCUCGAUAUUUUUUCUUUAUUGGUGCGAUUUUCAAGUAGUAAUAGUAUUACGGAUGGUAUUUAUUGAGCGCCUACUGGGUAUGAUGCACUUUAUUAAGCGCUUCAGAAAGUACAACCCAAAAGGCACUUAAAAUCUCCGGCAUUGUACUGAUUUGCACGUACUGUGGGAUGUAAUACGCGAACGAAAAAUGUUCCAAAACGAUACGGUUUUUGAAGAAGGGGUUAGAAAAUGGCAUGGCUCUGCACAAUCGAUUGAGAAAGGGACAGUAUUAUAUUUUGAGGCUAAGCAGGCAGCAGUGGCUCCUAGGGAGACAGAGGGCCAAGAAGCUUUUUCAGUCACCUGCUCAAAGAAAGGGAAAUACAGUCAAGCAGUCGAAAACGUGAUUCAUUUUUGUGCUAGAUAUGUACCUGGUUGUGAUGUGCAGUGGCAACUGGAAACUUUGCUUAAACCUAUAAAGCAUUGCAAUUUCACCUUUAAGGUAGCACGGAAGAGUCCACGAGAUUAGCCCUAGAAUGUUGUUCUGAAUCAAACUCUAAUUUGUGCUCAAUUUUUUUUCCUAGCCAUAAAAAUGCCAACAAUGGAGAAAAUUGGAAAUUUAGAAUAAUAAACUGCCAACAUACUGGAGACCUUUUUGUACGUAUUUGGUAUCUUCCUUUGAGUUGUAAGGCUGGAAUCUGAAACAAGUAAGGUAAAUUGGAGUAGACCGUUUUAAAUGCUGAAGGCAUUUCUACCACGAAGUCUUUAGCACAAUUUUUAUAUUUUAAUAUUUUCUGUCAUUUUAACUGAAGAUUGAAGGCCACUGUUGUGUUAGCCCAUCUGGGCAAGCUCCAUUACUCUAAGCCCAGAGCAAAGUUUAUAUUAAAUUUUGUGAAAUUUGAUUUUAUAGUUGGUUAUUUGUAUUUUUCACCUAUAAACAGCAAAUACUGUAAAAAUGAUAGUUUCCUUUGUUUCCCCAGUAUGUCCAACAUUUCAUAGCCAACAGUUUAUCCAAAAAACCAUCAAAAAUGUUUAUGGAAACCACUAUGUUUGACAAGGUGCCUGUGACAUAGUUACAAUUUCUUGUGGAAACGAGCUAUAUUUAAACAAACCUGAAAAAAAUUACACCAGCAGUUUGCUAAAGAUGCAGAAUACCGUUUCAACAUUACUUCAUCCGGUCAGUUUCACCAAUAUGCACUUAAGUGAUUUCUUGGCAGAGGCAGAUAUUGGAGAGAAAAAUGUUACCUGAAGGAAGAUGCUAGGCAGAUGGGGAGAGAGAGAGGAGGAAAAAAAAAGGUUCUUUACUUGCAAUAUGGCAACAAUGCACUUUUGAGGCUAAAAUAUUAGCUUUGAAUAUCUCCAAAGACCUAGCUUAAAGAGGUGCUGCACCUGAAAUUAUAAACUUUUGUUGCCACACACGAUGCCAGAGUGAAUGGUUGCGGAGUAAUAUUUGCCAAGUCAAAAUACAAGGCAAAUUGUGAAUCACAUUUCUAGUGAGUUUUCAGUCAAUAAAAAGGUUAAAUCUUUUCUGUCCCAAUAAUUUAACAAAGACUUGAAUUUUUAAUUCUGAAGUCUUCCAUUUUGUGCGUUCCACUGGCGGUGUCCCUGGUUUCUGUUUAAUUCGUUAUCUCUUGCACUUGUUUUGAGCAUAAAGGUUAAAAUUUCAAAAAUGAAACAUAAGUCCACUUUAUUUUCACCUUAAAUGGAACGAGAAGUACCUGGGUGAUCAGAAAGCAUUUCUACUCUAUUUGCAUUAGGACACCAUUGGUCUUCUAAAACGCAAAUUUUAACAGUUCAAUUGGGCAAAAGAUUCGCUAGUUUUACAGAAAGAUUGCUAUCUUAAACUGAAACUGCGUUUUCUAUUUUCACGUGAACGAUCGGGAUGCUCUCUUUGUAAAUUCUUCCAAGGUCAUAUUUGUGAAAUCGACAGUACGGUGUAUCUGAUAGGAAAGCUUUCCUAUCAGACACACUGUAUGUAGUCUGGAGUGUUGGACAAACCUGAGUUCCUAGGAUGUAAUCUAGCUAAGUCUGGUAUUUACAGUUUUGAAUGUGUGCCACCUCAUACCGAGAUGAGAAUGCUGUUGGAAUGGUAACAGUUUCUGUAUGGCGGUCCAGCCGAACUAUUUUGAUGUACUGCUUCAUUUUUGAAUUUUAUUUUUUAAGUUGUAUAAUUUAUUUUCUUGCAAAAUAAAAAUGUAAUAUAAAAAAGA